AUGACCACAACGACUACAACGAUGGACUCAAUGAUGAACAAGGGAAAGGAGACGGCGAACAAGUACUCGGGAAGCAAUUCGAGCACGGACAAGUCGAUCUCGGACCAAGCAAAGGAUACAGCCAACAAGUACACUGGAAAUGACAAAUCGAUGUUGGACCAGGCGAAGGAAACCGUGGGCAAGUACACUGGAAGCAAUUCGAGCACGGACAAGCCGAUCUCGGACCAAGCAAAGGAUACAGCCAACAAAUACACUGGAAAUGACAAAUCGAUGUUGGACCAGGCGAAGGAAACCGUGGGCAAGUACACUGGAAGCAAUUCGAGCACGGACAAGCCGAUCUCGGACCAAGCAAAGGAUACAGCCAACAAGUACACUGGAAAUGACAAAUCGAUGUUGGACCAGGCGAAGGAAACCGUGGGCAAGUACACUGGAAGCAAUUCGAGCACGGACAAGCCGAUCUCGGACCAAGCAAAGGAUACAGCCAACAAGUACACUGGAAAUGACAAAUCGAUGUUGGACCAGGCGAAGGAAAUUGUGGGCAAGUACACUGGAAGCAAUUCGAGCACGGACAAGCCGAUCUCGGACCAAGCAAAGGAUACAGCCAACAAAUACACUGGAAAUGACAAAUCGAUGUUGGACCAGGCGAAGGAAAUUGUGGGCAAGUACACUGGAAGCAAUUCGAGCACGGACAAGCCGAUCUCGGACCAAGCAAAGGAUACAGCCAACAAAUACACUGGAAAUGACAAAUCGAUGUUGGACCAGGCGAAGGAAACCGUGGGCAAGUACACUGGAAGCAAUUCGAGCACGGACAAGCCGAUCUCGGACCAAGCAAAGGAUACAGCCAACAAGUACACUGGAAAUGACAAAUCGAUGUUGGACCAGGCGAAGGAAACCGUGGGCAAGUACACUGGAAGCAAUUCGAGCACGGACAAGCCAAUCUCGGACCAAGCGAAGGACACUGUGCACAAGUACACCGAUCAAUGA